AUGUCACAAACUUCGCCGAUGGAUUACGAGUACGCUGCCCUGCCGACAGACCGCCAUAUCCGGGUAAUCCAUCUUUUGCCUGCCGCAACUCCCGAAGCACCCUUACAUUGCUACAUUCGGGAAGUCCAUAUCGAUGACGACGAAGGCCUUUAUUUUGAGGCGAUAUCCUACACAUGGGGUACGCCAACUUUCGACCAUACCCUCCACCUCAACAGACAAGACACCGUCUUCAACAUCACGUCAAGUCUUUCAAACGCCCUUCGAUGUUUCAGACUCAGAGAUCGACCCAGAUUUCUCUGGGCAGAUGCUGUGUGCAUCAACCAGAACGACAAGCGGGAAAAGAGCUCGCAGAUCCCACUCAUGGCGGACAUCUACCGAAGGGCCAAUAGUGUUCUGGUCUGGCUCGGCGACGCGAAUGACGCGGAGACAGCUAUGCGCGUCCUGAGCCGAAUGAGUCGUUCGAUUGGCCCAGAACUUGAUACCAACGAAAAGGCAGCCAUCAUCUCGUCCUUGGAUAUCUUGCUUCAACGACCUUGGUUCAGCCGUCGAUGGAUCAUCCAGGAGAUCGUCCGCAAUCAUGAUGUUUCAAUGCACUGUGGAUCAUCUUCGUUGUCAUGGACCAGACUCAUUGCAAUCCUUGCGAGGCUUGGAACGGAUACCGGAACAACCAACCAGCAGGCUGUCGAUGCAUUGACUCAGAUGCGCAACUUGUGGAGACGUACGGUCCUCUUGGAGGAUACCAAAGUCGGCCAUACUUUGCUCGAAAACAUGCACACCUUCAGUCACUUUGGCUGUGCGGACGAUAGAGAUCGUCUGUUCGCACUGGCAGCUUUGUCAUCUGACGUGUCCAUGGCGAAAGAGCCUAGAUACCCAAAACGAAAUAUUUACGUCGAUCCAGUCGGACUCGAAUAUCUGGCUCAGCCCAAGCCGCAUGAAAGACUCUUCCGUGUUGUUCCCGAUUAUUCAAAGUCCACAGAGGAUAUCUAUAUUGAGUUUGCCGCCGAGGUAGCACGAAAUGGGUUAUUCUCCUGGUUACUGUGUCGAACCUGGCACCAACAGUACUCUGAGAAGCUGCCAGCUUGGGCCCCGGACUGGCGUGCUGAAGCAACCGGAACUCCUCACUUUGUGAAAGAACUUCUCAAGGGAUAUUCCAGACGCGAAGAUUGGGCAUCCAGGGGUCUCCCCAUGAUGGCAGACUGGCCUAAAACUAGGCUGCAAGGAAGCACUUUGAGGCUACGGAGCUUUAGCGUCUUACACCCUGGCAUACGUGUGACAUCUCGGAGCUGGGAAACCCCAAGGAAUGUGGCAUCGCUUGAGAUCCAAUGGAGAAGCCAGGCUCUCAACUUCGAUACUGGCACUGAUGUUCUCGAAUGGGUUGAAUCAUUCACUCACAGCAUCAGCAACUUUUUGAAGUCUGUUAAGCAGUCCCCAUUCGAUGACUUCGAUGUCCACGACGCGUCGUUUUCACUUUUCAGCCAUCUUCUCGGAUACGGAUCGAAUGCGACAUACUGGUGUGAUGAUAAGGCAUCGGUGACAGAGAAGAUGAAGGCUCACGGCGUAAACACCGAAGGUUCUACUUUCUGUGUUCUUAAUGGAGGUUAUUUCGUCAUACUCUCCCAAGGCGGCGAUGAAAAUCAGGAAACCUUUCUUGCGUACACUCCAGCGGACAUCGACAUGAAACACGAUAUCAUUAUCCGGCCUGAGAACUCGUUGUCGUUGGCAAUGCGCUCAGUGAAGGUACGAGUGCGGCCUGUGGCUUUAUCCUUGAUCAUGCGGGAACAAAAUGGCCAAUAUCCCACUCCGCCAUGGACAGAUUGCCCUCUAGGCCAUUUAACUAAUAUUUUCACGCUACGUGGGCAAGCCUUAAUGGUAGGUAUACAAAAGCUAUCUGUUCGCCGAAGUGGACGAGAAGAAUGGGCACAGAAGUCAUAUUAUGAUCUUGAUUUGGCUUAG